ACUCCUUGUAGUAUUCAGGUGAAAAUUUCUUUUUUGGCUUGGUGACAUCUAUAAGAUAACAGUUUUUUGACAGAUUGAUAAGACGCCUAAAUGUUGACAAAACAAUCAGAGAUUUAUGUCACUAAAAAAUAUCUACAAAAGACUUGACACAAACGGCGGCAAAAUUUAAAUUAUAAUAAACAAUCAAGUGUCAUCUGAAUGACCUGUCAAAUGAGAUGAUUUUUUUAAGACGUCAAAGAGAAUACAAAUUUCUUGUGAGUCCUAGGACCAACAUCUGUAUGUUUUAUUUAAAUAAAAAAACUUGACUUGGAGACAAAUAAAAAUUUUCUUGUCCUUUUAAAAGACAUUUUUAUGACAUAAAGUAUCUCUGUGUAACUUGGAUAGAACAAGUGGAAAAGAAGAGGUUAUCAGUUUCAGUUUGAUUUAAAAAAAUUUAAUUUCUAACUGAUGUCAAUUUUUUCAAAUAACCGAAAGCUGUUGUGAUGCCACUAGAUAAUAAUACUUAAAUAUCUGUAGCUGAAUGUGACAAUUUUCAAUUUUCUUCGCGAAAUGUCAAAAAUAAAUAAAUUUUUUUAAUUUCAAUAUUUUCGCGCCAUAUAUUUAGCGGAGAGGGUGCCAUACUUUCAUCCUAAAAACAUUUCUGGACAUGUACUGGACCUAUUAUACCACAACUUUAACAAAAGAUUUAAGAAAGUCGACUUAAAUAAUGGGUCUACUAAAAGAUGAAAGUAUGGCACCCAGCGGAGAGUGUAUUAAUGAUGAAAGUGGCGCGCAUGUUGGUUAGUUUUUAAUGUUUAAAAUUAAAAAAAGGUUAUUACCCACGUGUUUGUGACAAUCUUUUAAGAUUUAUAAUACAUUUGAAUUAUUAAUGAUAAUUAAUAAAUUUAUUGAUAAUGGAUGCUUUUGAUUUAUUUAAAAAAUUAUCAGCUGGUACCAAAUUUGAUAAAAAACGUUUCCGUUCAGAUGUUGAAAAAUUCAAAAAUGUCUCGAAAGUGGAAAAAAAUGAAGAAAAAUUAAUAAAAACUGAACCAGUUGAAUCAGCGCCUUCAGUUAAACGAAAACAUGAUCAAGUUUCAGAUGAUGAGGAAAUUUAUCAAGUACCGAGCAACGAAUUUCAGGAAAAUAAAAAUACUCUGGUUUUAUUGAAUGGUAUGUCUGUCCCAGUCGAUGGAGUUAAAGUUAAAAAGAAUAAGAAACAAAAAGUGUCGACUGAAGAACAAAAAAUUAGAUUAGAAAAAGAAAGGAUAAAUCAUUUUAGAAAUAAAAAUCGUAUAUCUGUAAUUGGUAGACAUGUUCCAAAGCCAAUAGAGUCUUUUGAUGAGCUUGGAGUAGCCUACAAUAUUCCUGAAGAUCUUCUAAAAAAUAUAAAGGAAUGCAAUUACUCUUCUCCGACGCCGAUUCAAAUGCAAGCAUUACCAAUAAUGCUAGAGAAAAGACAAUUAUUAGCGUGCGCUCCAACUGGUUCUGGUAAAACAGCUGCGUUCUUACUACCGAUAAUCCAUCAUCUGAAAGGCCCAGCAAAAAAAGGUUUCCGAGCUGUAAUUUUGAAUCCAACGAGAGAAUUAGCAAAACAAACAUAUAGAGAAUGUAUGCGAUUAAGUGAAGGUCGAGGUUUCCGAAUCCACAUUAUCAGUAAAUUGGAGCAAGCGUUAGAUAAAUAUGGACCUAAAAGUUCGCAAAAAUUUGACAUUCUCAUCACGACACCUAAGAGAUUAUUGUGUUUAAUAAAUCACGAACCACCAGCGAUUUCUUUAAAUAAUGUCGAGUGGUUGGUCAUCGAUGAAGCAGACAAGUUAUUUGAAGCUGGGACUCGUGGUUUCCGGAGUCAAUUGAAACAGAUAUCAUCAGCUUGCAGCAAUGAAAAACUCCGUACUGCCAUGUUUAGUGCAACUAACACACCAAUUGUUAAUAAAUGGUGUAACCGUAACUUGAAAGGUUUUAUUGGUGUCACUAUUGGACACAGGAAUGCGGCAACUGAUCUUGUAGAUCAAGAACUUCUGUUUGUUGGAAGUGAGAGAGGAAAACUCGUUGCAUUCAGAAAUAUUAUUAGCAAAGGAAUGGCUCCGCCUGUCCUAGUCUUUGUUCAGAGUAAAGAGAGAGCCCAAGAAUUGUUCAGUGAACUCAUUUAUGAUGGAAUUAACGUCGAUGUUAUUCAUGCAGACAGAACACAAACACAAAGGGACAAUGUUGUGAGAUGCUUUAGAGAAGGAAAAAUAUGGGUACUUAUUUGUACCGAGCUUAUGAGUCGUGGUAUUGAUUUCAAAGGAGUCAAUCUUGUUAUCAAUUACGACUUUCCGCCGUCAGCUAUUUCUUAUGUUCAUCGAAUCGGUAGAACAGGACGUGCGGGACAUAAAGGAAAAGCUAUUACAUUUUUUACUGAGUCAGAUACUACUAAUUUACGAAGUAUUGCAGUAGUUAUGCGUGCAUCUGGAUGUGAAGUUCCAGAUUAUAUGUUCAGUAUGAAAAAACACGACAAACGUGAGAGGAAAAAAUUAGAACGCGUGGCGCCAAAACGCGAUUCUAUAUCAACAUCACUUAAGAAACCGAAAAAACAAAAAAAAAUUACAAGUGAACAAACUCAAAAACCAUCUGAUUCAAAAAAGUUACAAAAAACUAAUGAGACUGAUACAAGUAAUAAAGAGAUAAUUAAUAAAAAACAAAGCGCAGUUAACGGUAAGGAUAAAAAUAAGUUUUCAAAAACUUUAAAGAAAAAAAAAGUAAUAAGUUCACAAAAAAUAAAUUGUGAAACUUCGCCGAAGAAAUUGAAGAAAAAACAAAAAUCUGUUUGAGAAAUAUAGUAAUUAUAAUUUAA